AUGUCUCACUCAGACUCGGACACGUCUUCGUUGUCAUCUGCUGUGUCAAUAGAAGAUGAGGCCGUGGCGGCUUCUAUAAAUCGCACGGUUGGCAUCGAGAAAUAUUUCAAGCGCGAGAAACAAACCGAGUCGCCGCCCCCGAAACGUGCCCCGUCACCGCCACACGAAUAUGUGCUGGCUGACAAUCCAAAUAUUGCAUUCAUCGUGAUGUUCCGCGCGAGAUUUAGCGAUGUAUUCCCCAAGUCGGUCCCCAAUUACGGCCCACAAGAUAUUGAGAGAGGAGUUACGGAUAUUGUACCCGGUGAUCACAUUGAGAAGUUAUUAUGUGCCUUAAUUGGCCUGAUCCUGAAUCGGAAGAAAGAUGUUGAAAGAGGUCACUAUCAACGUGCUCUCGAGGAAGCUGUGCAGACACAUUAUAGCCAGUGGCCCAAGGCAUGGGAGGGCAAGAAUCCGCUCCAUGGCGGGCGCACAUUCGCAACUAUGUCGCCGGAAGAGCGCCUUUCGUUCCUUCGAACAUUGAUUCUAUGGGCCCUUUCCUCCUCCGACGCCGUCCAAGCGAAGCUCAAGGAAAGCUAUAAGCAAACAAGACAAGAGGGGGACCGUAAUCAGCCGCUUUCUGUUCAGCCAUGGGGAAGCGACAGCUACAAAAGGCGAUAUUGGCUUAUCGAAGGCCGUGAUGACACACAUUUCAGACUUUAUAGGGAGAGUAAUCCUGCGCUUAAAACCAAUACGUGGUGGAGCGUAGCGGGCAGCAUUGACGAGUUAAAAUCUGUUGCGGAAUCCCUUGGAAGUGAGAAGUCUCGCGCUGCUAAAGAGCUUAGCGAAAGGAUCCGCAACAGUAUACCACGUUUUGAGGCAUCUGAAGAGAAACGAAAACGUCGCGACUACCGUCUAGCACGAAAAGCAGCAUUUGCCCGUCCUGAACCAGGAUUUUCCCUUUACGAAGGCCGGACUCGUGGAAAGAGGAUCAAGUAUACAUUUUCUGAUGAAGAAGACUUUUCAGAAGGACUUACUUCGAGGAGAUCCACGCGGCAACAAACCCGCGGGUCUACUCCAGCGGAGCCGCCCGGCCCAACCUUCACCGCCAGUGGCCGGCAAGUCAAGGCUCGAGUUGGGGGUAUAUAUGGUGAAACAAUAACAGCCCGACAACGAACAGAUUCGGCUCAAACCGCUGGUCUUAUCAACGGUAGACCGCAACGAAGCACAAGAUCUAAUGGAUUAACACAAAGCUAUCAGACCGAGAGUUAUAAUUCCGUGGAUGCAAUGGAUGAAGAUGAUGAGCCGGAAACCGUCUCAAGUGGACAAGAAUGGGAAGGAGGAGAUGAAAACACCGUCGAUGAAGACGAGGAUAUGAGCGAUGUGGGGUCUCUGGAUGAACAGGAUACGGUUCGACCGAGUCUAGUUGUCCAGCUGAGGUAUGGUAAAGGAAAUGAGGACCAGAAACCAGCGAAUCCUGAUCCAACGAAUUUCGCCAGUGACAAGGCACCUGAAGUGAAAUCACCCCAUGUGGGCGCUAUUAUUUCACCAAAUACUUCAGUUGUGCAACUUGGAAACCAGACUCCGUUGGCCCAUCCCCUCCCUACUAAGGACAUGGAGGGUGUAGCUACCAAAGUCCAAUCACCACCAGCUCAAACCACCAUUAUUCAGGGGAAUGACAUGCCGCCUGGUCAAAACGGUGUUCAGCAGCCAGCAAUCUGA